AUGUCCACAAUAAUAUUUAACAAUUCAUUUUACAAAAAUUUGAUAACUCCAAAAUAUAUUUAUUUACAUUAUAUACAUCGAUCAAUCGACAAAUAUGCCGUCUCUACAAAGGUGGCAGACAAUGGAAAGAAUAAAAUUAAAACAGGAGAUCUCCGUAAAAAUCAUAUCAUUUGUGAAGCCAUUGGUGUCACCGAGGAGCUGAGUGCUUGCAUAGGUCUUGCUCGAGAAUACGUUUUAGAAGAUGAAAAACUCCGGCCUGUAGCUGAAAAAUUGAGAAAAAUUCAGCUUGUUUUAAUCGAUGCCGUAGAAAUAAUAAACAGGCUUCAAGCCAAAGAAUCUCGAUUGGAUUCCAGUAAAAUUCCAGAAUUAACAAAGAGUGCGGAAAUAACUUGUGGAGACAUUGCCGAUUUAGAAGCUUUAAUCGCUCACUACGGAACUUUUUUACCACAAAUCGAAAAAGUCUUAGUACCAGGGGGUGGGAAAGCUAGUGCAGCACUUCAUGUUGCAAGAGCUUCUUGUCGUCGUUGUGAAAGAGUUUUAAUCAGCGUUUUUAAAGAUGCGGAUAAUGGGAAGAAUAUUCUUGCUUAUAUAAACAGACUUUCUUCUUAUUUGUUUCAAGCAGCAAGAAUAUCGGCGAAAUUUGCAAACAGGCCAGAAAGUAUUUAUAAACCACACACUUGA